AUGCCACAAACGACAAAAGUCUUUUGGGCCCCGCACAUUGAGACAGCUAAGGCCGAGCUUCAACAGGUACAAGGUCUAGGUGCCGCGGCAGUCGAGGAAUGGCUCAAGGGUUUGGAAGCCCGAGGGAAAGAUGCUAGGCAAGACGCCUCGCGAUGGGAGAAAUGGGCUCUCACUGGAGGCUUGUUGCAUAUGCGGCAGCCUGCUUCGUCAGCACCAACGAUCAUCGCGGAGGACCAGCCCUUCGAGAUCCAAGUUCUACACGACGAGCUUGAAGCUACCGUGCCUGCCGACACCUUGAGCCGGUCAAACAUGAUAGCGAAUGCACCGCAGACAGUAUCUCAAGGUCGCCAAGAGAGGACUCGAGAAGAGGCUGCCGCGCGAAAAGCCUUGCGACGCAUCGAGAUUGAGCGGCGGGCUAUGUUGAUUGAUCCGCCACUGCCGCCGAACGUUCUCGUGCACAUUCCCUCAUUUCAGGCAGCUAUUCAGAUCACCGCAACGCUCGAUGACGAUGCUUGGUGUCUCCUCCAGCCGAGAUUGCUUGCCCAGCGCGCUGGCGCUGAGCAGGAGGAAAAUAAGAAGAAACUUGCAAACAUUCAAAGGCCGGUUUUUGAAGCAGCCGAGCCCGCACCAGUGGAAGUUUCGGAUAAGGACUGGGACGACAUCCAAGGCCCGGUACGUGCGAGCAUAGCCAAGUACGCCGACGAGACCAUUCGGAGCAAUUGGGCCAAGGGCCGUAAAGUCAACAGGGAGAAUAGCCCGCGAUUUGCAGCUGAUGUCCUGGUCUCUGUGCGGGCCAGAUUUUACUCAGACGUGGCAAAGAACGCCGCAGAUGCCAUUGCAAAUGGCCAACAACCACCAGCCGACCCCCCACAGGGACCCUUCACACAAAAGCUGACUCUCGAAAACAUGAAAUGGGUGUUUGAUGUGAAAAUCAAGGCCCACACCGAGUCUCACCGCAAGGAGUUGUUUUUGUGCAACGGUUGUGACAUACCUAUCCUCGAACGUCGAAGAAACCGCGCCACAAUCCAUCGCAUGGGCCCCAGCAACAAGGAGCUUUUGGUCCGUCGUCACAUCUAG